GUGGCGGUUCACUGCCUCGCCACUUAUCAGAACAAUGGGCAAGUGAGCAAUGUUCACAAAGGGCGUGGGAGAAAGGCGUGCAUGGCGUUAUUAGAAAAAAGAGUGGGAGCUCAAACCACCUAUGCACUGUACCUGACUUCCUCGGGACGGUCCCGCAGAGGGCUACAGCGAAGUGUUAUUUAUUUAUACAUCAAAAAUUAAGCUGUCUACAGGAAAUAGAUAAAGCUCGGGUGGUUUCGAGAUGAUGUAUUUCACAGGAACUAAAACUGCAAAUGUAAAUGGAACAAAAAACGCGAGGAAAAUCACACUGCUAUUAGACAGCUCCAUUAUUGCUCUUUACUGAAAUCACAAGGAGGGAGAGGAGAGAGAGAGAGAGAGCUGGAGACUGGAGCACCCGACUGCGCAGGAGAUGGAACUGUGCGCGCUUUUCUCCACAAGAUUUUUGCAUUUGCUUUGUUUUUUGAAAAAAUAAAACAUCUUGCUAAAGUAAGAACAACGUAGACCGCUGGAGAUAAAGCGCCCUCUUGGAUAAAUCGGAGCGCACGGGAAGGAUGCUGCUCUCAGUAGGAGCAGGUGUAUUCAGCCAAGUGGAGGCGCAGGGCACAGAGCGGGAGCGACACACAACAGCCUCCAGACCACAGCACCUGCUCCAGAGGAAAAGCCCUCACCCUUAGAUAUGCUGCUUGUUCUUCCCUUACGAAAAAUAUGGAUUUUUUUUCUUGCAACUUCUAGGCGAUAACCAGGAGAAUGAUGUGGGCACCGUGAAACUGAUGGACGCACAGCUCGUUUGGAAAAUACUGUAGUGCCACACGCACACAGUCAAGGACUGCUCCGCUGGCUUCUAACAGGGCUGCUCCACUGAAAUAAAUCUUGUUCUUAUCAAGGACACAAUUAUCUGCAAGGAUGCCCGGAGCACUUUUCUCGGCGGAGACGCUCUACAUAGGGAUGGAGGUGGUGAUUGCAGUCGCGUCAGUGAUCGGGAACGUGAUGGUGGUUUGGGCGGUGAAAAUUAAUAAAUCGUUGCGAGACACCACGUUUUGUUUCAUCGUCUCCCUCGCUCUGGCAGAUAUUGCAGUGGGAGCCCUCGUCAUCCCCCUGGCUAUUACUAUCAGCAUCGGACUUCAAACUCACUUUUACAGCUGCCUGCUCGUGGCGUGCACGGUGCUGGUGCUGACGCAAAGUUCAAUCCUCGCCCUCCUGGCCAUUGCGAUUGACCGCUAUCUCAGGGUCAAGAUCCCAACCAGGUACAAGCGGGUGGUGACCCCUCGGCGUGCGGGACUCGCUGUGGUGAUAUGCUGGACGGUGGCUUUUGUCGUGGGGCUCACACCCAUGUUGGGCUGGAACAACCUGAGGCGUCUCCAGCAGAGCAGUUCCAACAGCUCGGACCUCAUUAUCACCUGCCAGUUCGAAAACGUCAUCAGCAUGGACUACAUGGUGUAUUUCAAUUUUUUCGGCUGGGUGCUGCCACCCCUGCUUCUCAUGCUGGUUAUCUAUGCAGAGAUCUUCUACAUGAUCCACAAGCAACUAAACAAUAAGAAGUUCACAACCAGUCACACAGACCCCAACAAAUACUAUGACAAGGAGCUGAAUCUUGCUAAAUCUCUGGCCCUGGUUCUUUUCCUCUUUGCUAUCAGCUGGCUCCCACUCCACAUCAUCAACUGCAUCACACUCUUCUGCCCUGACUGCAAGAAGCCCAUAGUCCUCCUUUACAUCGCCAUCCUGCUCACCCAUGGCAACUCUGCUGUCAACCCAAUUGUCUACGCUUUCCGCAUUAAGAAGUUCCGCACAGCCUUCCGGAAAAUCUGGCAGCAGUACUUCUGCUGCAAGGACACUCCAGCUCUGGAGAUUCAGCCUAGCGACAGGAAAGAGAUGCCCAAUCCGGAGCCGCAGCAGGCGACACCUCCGCAGCCUCCCCAGAAGGAAAUCCUUAAAUCUGAUCCACCACCACCGCUGCAGCAGCAGCCGCAGCAACAGCAGCAGCCUGCACCUCCACCUGACCAGCAGCAGAACCAGAGGACGGAACCACCGCAGCAACCUAAAGAACAUCCGCCGUUACUGGAGCAGAAUGCAGUAUAAGCCGAGGAAUGGCGCAGAUAGCAGGCUGGGAAAAUAAUGAUCAGUGCACAAGCACUGGCUGUCUUCUCAUUUAAAUGUAGUCUAAUGAGGAGUAUGAAAUGCAUCAAGGCUGUAGUGGCUGAAGUGACAUGGAUAAUAAAUAAUGGAAGAUAAUUUAUCUUAACUCAGGAGGAGUGGAUUAACUGAAAGUUUGGUCAGAGAAGAAAAAAGGGUAUCUAUAAACUUGCAAUAAUGGAAGUCGUUUUGAAGGCGACUGUGUCUAUCUUAGUAACAGACUGAAGACAUUAAGCUUUAACGAUUUCGUACAUUAUGGUGAAACAGUUGGUGUGAAAAUUACAAAAUGUGCAAUAUAAGUCAUUGUGGUUGGUCAGUAUCAGAUUAUCAAAUAUUAAACCUUGCUAUAAAGUGAACAUUUAUACGUUCAGUAGAGCAGGUUAAUCUUACUUCUGUAAUACUGUGUGUAUGUUUUAAAUGACAGUGGCUGAAGAAUAUGAAUGUAAUGAUAAUGUAAAUAAGAGACUACAUCAGCACAGCUGUGAACACUCAUCUCUUCUUCAGGGUCUUAAUCGCACAACAGUGGCAGAGCAACUAGCACUACGGGAGACAUUUGCAGCGAGGAGGUGUGUGCUGAUGGAAGAGUUUUGUAAUCCCCUAACUCUUCUCCACUGGAGCUGAGUCCCUCAGUGAUCCAGCAGCACUGAUCCAUUACAAAGGAGAUGGACAGGGAUAAGACGCAAACAGCUGGAGGGAAUUGGAGGCUUUAACCUUUUAGAAACUGCAUGCAGGAGACUCGUGUCUGCAGGAUGAAAGCUAGCCACGGGGGAGAGAGCCAAGAUGCACUUAAAGCUCAUGUUUAUCCAGCCUCCAUGCCAGCUGGUGGUGAGAGUGGGAUUUUCCUUUUUUUCCCUUACAUGGACUGGUAAUAUCCUUAUCGCAACUUACCACUACAGACAGUGGCUUUCAUGGCCUUAUUCAAUAUUUUAACUAGUAUGAAAUGGAUUAGAAUAGACAACCUGAAGAUUGUGAGUACCUUUACUACACUGUAAGCUCAACAUUUUGCAUAAUGCCAAACUGGGGCAUCUAUAGCUCAGUAAUUAAACUAUGUUCAGUGCCACUGACAUAAAAAACACUGUAUGAGAAUGUAAAGUAAUUUUGUUUUGUCUCUUGUGAAGACUCUGAGCUCUGGCUAAGACAAUUCACCGAUGCUCUCCUAAGUGGGUGACAAUCUCUUACGUAAAGUUAAGACAUUUUCUCAUGCUGUCUUGACAGACAUCUUCCCGUCAGGAACAAGCAAUGAACACUGGCUGAAAUGACGGUGUCAAGCUUAAUGCAAUCCACACCACCUGUAUCUUGUUUUGUCUAAAUGUAUAGACCAGGUGGACUGUACAUAACACACAUUUGAGGAAAAAAAUCGAAUGAAUAAAUGUUUAAUAAUUAUGUGCUUUCUAUAGGUAAUGCUAUUUAUAGGUUAGGUUUUCAAUUUUUAUUCCAAUAGAACAGUGGAAUAUACAUAUUUGUGAUACUAUUGUUUUAUGUUAUUUCCUAGCUUGAUGAAUGACUUCUGGAAAAAAAGUGACAACUGAGCACACAGUCCAACCCUCUCUCCCAGAAAUAAUGUCUAUAUACAACUCAUUUGCAACAGCAAUGUUUUGAAGGAAACAUAAUGCUAACCAGAUUAUGUUUUCUGUUCUGAUAAUUAGAUGCCCACUUCCAAAUCAUCCAGUCUUGCACUACAGUAAUUGCUCAUAAUGACUACAACAUUAUGAAACUUUUUCAUGGCUAUAGUUACUCACAGCACUUCAUUAAGGUUUGGGAAAGAUCCUCGCCUGGUUUAACACAGAAAAGGUCUGCAGUGACUUUCAGUAUGAGAUGUGUUUAUCAAAAGGUAACCGAAAUCACAAAGUUUCCAUAACCUAAACUCGCUGCCUAAACAUACUAAACAUAACCACAGACAGGGAGAAUCCCAGUCUCCUGUGUCCUGUGUUUUCCGCUCUGACCACCUCCCUGCAGUGACUCAAAAACCGUUGCUUCAUAGUGAACAUAGUGGUUCUCAGUACAACGUAACUGGAAAACCAAUUUGAUGAUAUAUAAACAUAAUUUCUGGGAGACAUGCAAAGUCAAAUACAAAUUUGUAGUGCACUCAUUGUGACUACAAUAACUAUUUUUUUAUGUCACAACAAUUAAUCAUAGGACUGCUCGUGUAUGAAAGUGGCGAUUAGAAUUAAUGAAUCAGCAAAUCCUCUCAGCUCAUUGUUUUGGUUUUCUGGUUUACUAUUAUUUGACUAUUAGUGAAGACACAGACAGAAAACAUUGUGAGAGAGAGAUGCAUGACAUGCAACAAAUGUCCCUCAGCUGGGUGUGCGAAUGUGGUGUGCAAAAAAAAAAAAAAAAAAAAAAAAAGUAAA